AGAGGAGGUGUUUUAGCGGGGACCGCGAUCCAGGGCUGGAGCGCUGGCGCUGCCCGGACGCCGCGGGGUCCCGGCCAGCUCAGGGCAGUCGGAGCGGGGAUCUGCGCGCCUCACUUUCCCCGCCCGAUGUCGCCGCCCGUCUGCUGAUCGCCUCGCCCCGCUGGUCCCGCGCCGGUGUGGGGUCGUGGAGGUCCCCAGAGGCAGGAAGCCUCCUUCUCAAAGUGGGAAUGGAGGUAAAUUGUUUAACACUAAAAGACCUGAUCAACCCCAGGCAGUCCAGACUAGAUUUUGCAAUUGAAGAUGGGGAAAAUGCGCAAAAGGAAAAUAUAUUUGUUGAUCGCUCAAGGAUGGCCCCGAAGACUCCAAUAAAAAAUGAACCAAUUGAUUUAUCAAAGCAAAAAAUCUUCACUCCAGAAAGAAAUCCCAUUACUCCAGUUAAGCUUGUUGACAGACAGCAGGCAGAACCAUGGACCCCCACAGCUAACCUGAAGAUGCUCAUUAGCGCCGCCAGCCCGGACAUAAGAGACCGGGAGAAGAAAAAGGGACUGUUCCGACCCAUUGAAAACAAGGAUGAUGCCUUUACAGACUCUCUGCAGCUUGAUGUGGUUGGGGACAGUGCUGUGGAUGAAUUUGAAAAGCAAAGGCCAAGCAGAAAACAGAAAAGUCUAGGACUCCUGUGCCAGAAGUUUCUAGCUCGCUAUCCAAGUUAUCCCUUGUCAACUGAGAAAACAACCAUCUCCCUAGAUGAAGUUGCUGUCAGUCUUGGCGUUGAAAGGAGACGUAUCUAUGACAUUGUAAAUGUGCUGGAAUCGCUGCAUCUGGUCAGCCGGGUGGCCAAGAAUCAAUAUGGCUGGCAUGGCCGGCACAGCCUGCCAAAAACCCUGAGGAGCCUCCAGAGACUGGGAGAGGAGCAGAAAUAUGAAGAGCAGAUGGCACAUCUCCAGCAGAAGGAGCUAGAUCUGAUGGAUUAUAAACUUGGAGAACGUAAAAAAGACAACUAUCCAGAUUCUCAAGAUCCACAGUUACUGGAUUUCUCGGAACCCGACUAUCCCUCUUCAUCUGCAAACAGUAGAAAAGACAAGUCUCUGAGAAUUAUGAGCCAGAAGUUUGUCAUGCUCUUCCUCGUCUCCAAAACCAAGAUUGUUACUCUUGAUGUGGCUGCCAAAAUACUGAUAGAAGAAAGCCAGGAUACCCCGGACCAUAGUAAAUUUAAAACAAAGGUACGACGCCUCUAUGACAUAGCCAAUGUUCUGACCAGCUUGGCUCUAAUAAAGAAAGUGCAUGUAACAGAAGAGAGAGGCCGUAAACCAGCCUUCAAAUGGAUCGGGCCUGUGGACUUCAGUUCCAGUGAUGAAGAACUAGUGGAUGUUUCUGCAUCUGUCUUACCAGAAUUGAAAAGAGAAACAUAUGGCCAGAUUCAAGUCUGUGCAAAACAGAGGCUGGCUCGACAUGGUUCUUUCAGCACAGUUCAGGCUUCUGAGAGGAUCCAGAGGAAAGUGAACUCAGAACCCAGCAGCCCUUAUAAAGAAGAACAAGGAUCAAGUGGCUACUCCUUCGAAAUUGGAAGUCUGGCAGCUGUUUACCAACAGAAGAUAGAAGACAGUUCACAGAGGAAAGCCUUUGCCAGUAAGAGAGCGAUGCCGCCGUCAAGCAGCCUGGACCCUGCUGCUCCUUUCCCUGGCCUGUCUGUUGACUCAGAAUAUUGUGCUACUCCUUUAGCACACCAAGUCUUUUCUGCAGCCCAAACGGACCUGCAUGCCUUCCCCGUGCAGAACAGUCUGACUGGACAAGUGGGUGCCUCACCAGCUUCUGCAGCCUCGGACGUGGAGAGCCUGAAACCAGCCCUGCUGGCCAGCCAGCCCAUGGUGUACGUGCCCUCCACCUCACUGUUCAUGCUGUAUGGGAGCCUGCAGGAGGGACCAUCCCCGGGGUCCGAGAGGGACAGCAGAAGCGUGGAAGUCUCAGCAGCAAAGCAGCCGUCCACACCCUCAGUUCCGAAGCGCCUCGGGGAGGAGAGGAAGCCUCAGGAGGAGGAGCCAGCCACUAAAAGACAGAGCAGGGACUACGAAGACAGCCCUCUAGCUCUUGUCAUGCCCAAGAAACCCUCAGAGUCCACAGACGUUGCCUCCCCCAAGACCCCGGGUAACAGCGGCUCAGUGCCCCUCGAAGACAUUCACAGGGAGGCCCAAGUCUCGGCUGCAGAGGAGGCUUCAGGAAAGGCCACGGUCAACUGCUUCAUUUCUUCUGAGUGGGGAAAUCCUUCGAGAGACACAGAGAUAGAAAAGUCUUCAAAAGAAAAUGAAAGCACCAAAGAGCCCUCUUUGCUGCAGUACCUUUAUGUGCAGUCGCCAGCUGGAUUAAAUGGUUUCAAUGUGCUCUUAUCUGGCAGUCAGAACCCCCAUGCCGUGGGACCCCCUUCAGGUCAGCUGCCAUCCCUCAGCAUUCCUUGCAUGGUCUUACCAUCUCCGACGCUGGGCCCUUUCCCCGUUCUCUAUUCUCCCACUAUGCCCAGGCCGCUUUCCUCUGCCCCUGGUGCUCUCCCAAAUGCGGGACCUGUGAAUUUUGGCUUGCCUGGCCUUGGAUCAACAGCUCAUCUUCUCAUCGGCCCUGCAAACAUGGUUAAUCCAAAAUCAUCAGCACUCCCCUCCGCAGACCCUCAGCUUCAGGGUGCCCACUCACUCAAUCUGAGUCCAGAGAUGCCAAGAUCACACAACAUCAUCCAGCCUGAAUCCCCUGCGUAUGCGGGGCAUCCUGUCUCCGUAGUAAAAUUACAACAGUCCCCUGUUCCUGGGACCCCCAAGAGCAUCCGAUGCACACAUCGUGAGACAUUUUUCAAGACACCUGGCAGCCUCGGAGACCCCGUCCUUAGGAGAAGAGAAAGGAAUCCGACACGAAACACCAGCUCAGCGCAGAGGAGACUGGAAAUCCCCAGCAGCGAGGCUGACUAACCUGCCGCCGGGCCGGGCCGGGGUGGGGGACCACCCACCUGACUUUCCCCGUCCCAGGUGAUGCCCUGAUGCUGAAUGCAAAGCGGGACGCAGACCAUCAUCUGCACACAUCGUCCUCUCUCUUUCACCUACCGGUUCUAAUGUUAACUUCCCAUCAUCAUGAAUCAUCUAUUUUCCUGAAAGCAAUUGUUAUUAAUUGUGCAUUUAAUAUCAGUUAGAGUCCAGACUCUGUGCGUGGUGUCACAGUGAAAGCACCGACUGACUUGUGGUUUUGAUUCAAGAAUCCUCUUAUUGCUGGAAGUCGAUCUGAACAGGCUACUGGAGCCUUGUGGUUUUUCUACUGGGGGAGCUGUCUAGCACUUAACUAGGGUGAGCAUUCUUGGCAGGUUUUUCCCCCUCGCCCUGAGUCUAGAUCUGGUGAGAGAAACUUCUUUUCUGCAGUUUAAAAAAGCUACUGCUUCCUUAGGCUUCAUCAGGAAGCCGACUCCAGUUGUGAAUCCUAUGGUAUUAUUUAUUUUGUUCCUGAAAUGGGAUUUAGUGCAAAAAGUUUACAACUACAGCAAAAUGCAUGUUUUUCAGGGUAUGACGACUUGAAUGUUUGUGCUUUUUUCCUCUAAUUUGCCCUGCACUUACUUUACAACCUACUAAUAAUGUGGAUAAAUGUGUAUGCAUGACCGAAUGUUACGACCAAAAUAACUGUGAAUGGCCCACUUGCUAUAAUGAACUGUGCUGAGCCUGUCUGGGCAUGAGAAGCAAGAUGCAUGCUAGCUGCCUAAGAGCUGACCUGUGUGAACAAUGAGGUUUUACUGUUCAUUUGUAAAAAUCCUACCCUGUGCAGUUUCCUUCACUAUGUGCCCCGUGGAUUUUUUAUUUAAACAUUAACUGUAGAGUAUCAGGUAUGGAUGCCUUCAAAGAAUUGCUGUCUUAUUGAAUAAAUCAGGAUGGUAGCAAGUGAUUGAUUAUAUGGAAAAUUGGAACCUGGAUGGGACCUUUUGGUAGAAUUCUGAAGAGUAAUGAUGUAGAAAUUGAUAUAGUUCUGAUAGGUGAUCAUUAUAUUUUUUCCUUUGGCUUUUUUCUUUAUUUGUGGAAGGGUAAGAGGGAAAACGAACACAUUAUGUUCAGUAUCCAAGAGUAUUCAAACCAGUUAUUUUUCGGAGCGUUUCUGAAAAAUAAGAACGGUGAGUGCAGGGAUUCAUUGUUCUAGCAUGAGUACAAUUCUGGAAACUAUUAUGCAAUACCCCUUUGUUAAACCAUAUUGCUUUAGGAUUUCAGUAAGUAGCCAAACUAGCUCUUUGUAUUCCUAGAUUUAUUGAUGUACCUCAUUCUUGUCUCUUCCAGCAAAUGCCUUCCUCUCUCCCUUUUUUCCUUCCCUUCUUCCUUUCUUCAUUCCUUUCUUUUUUAAGCUUCUG